AUGUUCUCAGCAAUCCAGUUCUUCAUCGUUUUGCUUGCGUUGUCAUGUGCGACUGACGCCCUAUACAGGGUACAACUGACUAGAAGAAAACGAAUACUGAACACCGAAGCAAAAAGAAAACCCUCGCCCAGUCGGUCUUUCCGUUACUUCGCCAAUAAGUUUACGUACCCGCCAAUGUUGGCAGAGGAACCAUACGACUUGCCGUUAAAUAAUUACAAGAACACCAUUUACACGGGAACAAUCACAAUUGGAGUGCCACCGCAGGAAUUCGAGGCGAGUUUUUAUCAUUUUGAAAACAAAGUGAAUUUCGAUACCGGAUCAGACCUGCUGUGGGUAAACUGUGCUGGUUGCUCAGCUGGGGAUUGUCAGAAACGUGCGGCGUUCAAUUGCUCUCAAUCACGAUAUUGCUCUCCGGUUGACGCCAAACCAGAUCCCAUUAAGUACGCCAAAGGCCAUGCUUGGGGUCCUAUUGACAAGGAUUAUGUUUGUGUAUGCCUGAAAAUAGUGGUUAUUAUUGAACAGAUCUUCGACUCGGCAAAUUCGUUCCUCGAAUUUUUGUCGAGGAGCGAACUGGCUGAGUUGAGCAUUGGCGAUGCAAGCAGUGGAUUUUGCGGCCGUAAAAGACAAAAUCUCACAUGUGCAAUGCAAAGAGGUGAACUGGCCAUAUUGGAAGAUGGAAUUUUUGGUUUGUCUGCGGAGGGGUUGCAGCCGGGAACGGAGUCUGCGAUGGGGCAGCUUCUUCGAUAUUCCGGUUGCGAAGAGAAAAAAGUCGCGUUCUGGUUGAACAGAGAUUCAGAGGCGAAAAACGGUGGAGAGGUGACGAUAUGUGGUGUGGACAAAAAUCAUUAUCAGGGUGAUCUCGUAUGGAUUCCGCUCGAGCAUGGACCGCAUUGGUACGUCCGAAUGGAUGACGUACUUAUCGGUUCACAUCGGAUGUCGUUAGGUCAAACCGAAGCAGUUAUCGACUCUGGUUGGUCGUAUAUGGCUGUGCCAUCCGAAGAAUAUUUCAAGGUAACUUUCAAUGCAAGGAAUUCACUGUUAUGUCGUUGUUCGAGCGUUGAUGAGCUUCCAACAUUGACAUUCGUUUUGAAUGGAAACCCCUUCAGCAUUCCUCCGGAAGCGUAUGCAGUAAAAGUGUUAUUCGAUACGGGGUCAUGGCCGUUAUGGGUAGACUGUGUGGGAUGCUCGGAUGAGGAGUGUCAGAAACGUGCGAAAUUCAGUUGUUCUCAAUCAACAACUUGCUCUCUUGUCAACGUGAAACCAACCUUUUGUCCGUAUGUCCAAGGCGAAGUUUCAGGUCCUCUAGACAGGGACGUUGUCUGUAUUGGUAAUUCAAGCAAUAGAUUUUGCACCGAAGUGAGUCAAAAUUUCGUGUGUGCAACCAAAAGAAAUGGCAUAGAGAUGCAAUCCGUGCAUGAUAAAUAUGAGUUCUCAUGCGAUGGCGUAUUUGGUUUGUCUGCGGAAGGGGAAUCGCCGGAGGAGGAGUCUGCGAUGGGGCAGUUCCUUCGGAAUUCUGCUUGCAAGGAGAAGAAAGUCGCAUUCUGGUUGAAUAGAGAUUUCGGUGCGGAAAACGGUGGAGAGGUGACGAUUUGUGGUGUGGACAAAAAUCAUUAUCAGGUUAUACCUCUUCGAGAAUUU